AUGGCACCCCUCACGUCGGAGGGGCCGCACAGUGUUGGUAUUCGCCACGUCACCCGCGAGCUUGCCGUGUACUAUCCCACAUUGAUCAAGCCCAUUGAAGGGGAACCGUGGCUUCCGGGAAACGACGCACGUUACAUCCACGCCAUCGCUAAGAAAGCUGGAGUGCGAUCGAUGUGGCUGAAACACUUGCGGCUGGUGCGCAUUCCAUGUACUCGGAACGCCAGCAUCGUUUCUUUGAUGACACAUAAAGGGGAGCCCCGGCAGGUGUUUCUCAUGAGUCAUACCACGAGAACCCACCAUUUGGCGUACUCACGUCUCGCAUUGGCGUUGGCGGCACGUGGCGCCAUUGUGUACAGUGUGCUUCAUUCCGACAGUGUUGAUAUUUCUGGUUUGGAGAAUGUGAGUGGUACAGCUGCUGCUGCUGCUGGGGAGGACCCUGCGCAUGCAAGACUGUUGGUGCAAGAGCGCUGCUCAGUUCAGUUGGCGAAGCGUCUUGAGGACGUUUCGCUUGUUAUUGGUGGUAUUUCGCGUGGUGAGCUUCUUCAAAAACUCCAGGUAAGGUCUGCGGAUUUGAAGGUGUUCUUCGCUGGAGGACCGAAAGUACAUCUGAUUGGACAUGGUUUUGGUGCAGUAACAAUGUUGGCUGCCGCCCUGAAGGCCGAAACGGCGUCAUCUUUUAUAGGAUCUGUUACUGCACUUGAUGCAUGGCCGCUAACUAUGUUGGAGGAAGUUACGCGUGGGCCACUGUCCAUUCCAUCGCACAUCAAUGUCCAGCUAGUGGACUCUGAAGAGUGGUAUCAACGUCGCGAACACUGUGUACAGCUCGAGGCGUUGAAAGAGCUGCUUACUUCAGCAGGUGUUCUUUGCAUACAUAGAAUGCACGGGGAGACAGACCACAUGAGUGUGACUGACAUGGGUCUGUUGACACCCCUGACGAAGCGGAAGCGGUUUGCAUCCAAGAAGUCGUCAGCAUUCAUUCCUUUUGUCGCUAAGGAAAUCAUGGAAUUCGCUGAGGGAUGGGAUAACGAUGUUGUAGCCGCUCUUGUCUGA